AGGUCUAUGGAAGAAGAUGCUAAUUUUGCUUUGAACUUUGACAGUGAUGUAUUUGAGAGCAGCUUCAUUUACUGGAGCAAUCUGCCAGCUCAUUUGAAAGUCCAGAUUCUACGCAAUCUUCCGUAUCCAACUUUGAGAAGCUUCAUGUUUCUCAGCAAAGAAUGUAUGACUUUGACUUCAUCUGUGAAGACUCAAGCAUACGGUGUUUAUUUGCAGAACGAUCCCUUCUUAGGUUAUUCAGAGUAUGUGGAAAGCAAAGAGGCAUCAGCGACUAUCAUCAUUUAUUACAUACCACCCGAAGCAGUGGGUAUUCCAGAUUCGCACAAGCCUUACACACUCACUUUUGUCGACGUUGAGGAUGGAGGUUGUGUAGUGAAAAGGAGAAAAGAUAAAAGAGGGAGAUCAAUAGUCACAAACGGCGUUAGAUACCAAAACGAGAAGAGUGCUUCUGCGGCAGUGCGAGUAUUCUUCCAGCUAACAAAAAAUAUCAAGGCGCAAUAUCUUUCCAUUGAGAUGACUUCGGAAAAUGCGGAAAUCGAGAGAGUACUGGAAAGUAAGACUCUUGCGCCAUCUCUCCUUCGCUUUGUGUCUCCUGGUUGCGGGCUAAACAUUUAUAACUUGGAUCCUUUCUCUGAAGAGAUUUUCAUGGAUUCAGCAUUCUGUGAUUCAGAAGCGGUGCGGCAGGCCCCUGAGUUUGAUACUGAAGCAAUGGUUGCGGUCAGCGAUGAUCAGUUAUCCCUUCUCAGAGCACACUGUCUUCGUAUAAAAGCUCCUUACAUCUCAUCGAAAGGGAUCAAUAAGUUGAUUAUGCAGUGGCUGAAUAACCAACGAAUAAUAGAGGAGAUCCUUUUGACGGAUACACAAAGAGUCAACGAAGCUGAAGUUUUUGAGGGAGUGGACAAAGACCGAAUAUUGUCCGACGUGGAGAUAUCUAAAAGCCCCUUCAUCAGAGAACGAAUGGAAAACAUGAGGCCUGGUGGAAGCUUGCAUGCCGGAUUACGCAACUUUUCCGGUGCUUUGAUACUAAUCAACAUUGGAACCGACUUUUGUGAUCUGAUAAAUCCUCAUUCGGAGGUACUCUUAUAUUCAACGAACAUGAUGUUGACUAGAGAUUGA